AUGGUUAAAGCUUUCAUCACGCACGUCUUCGGCGUUGGUUCUGCUCACCGUGGCUUAUACGGUCCAACAUCCGCUUAUUACGCCGCCGUCGAGCAGCAAGGCAGACUGACAUUACAUCUGCACUCGCUGCUUUGGAUUCGAGGGGCUCCGUCGCCGCAAACCAUCCGCGAUAGGUUGCUUGGCGGCGAUACAGCGUUUGAAAGAGAAAUGAUCCGUUAUCUUGAAGAGAUGCAAACUGGCCAAUUCUUAACGGGCGACAUUGAGACGGUGAGAGCAAGACAGAAAGACGCGACGCGACGAAAGGGUGCGUACGAGGAUCCAACCCAGACCCUUCCCGAACCUCCGCCUCCGCCCUGUAAGUGCAAACAGAGAGCCUGCGAAUGUGCAGAUAAGCGAAAAUUGUGGUGGUCGCGAUUCAAGGAGACCGUCGACGAUCUGAUCCUUCGAGUACAAAUACAUCGCUGUAUCCGCAAACGAGGCGCAAGAGCAGCAGAAUCCGCUGCCAAAGGACGGAAGGACCCACUCGAGGGCAUCAAAGGUUGCAAAGGGGAUGACGAUAUUUGCGAGGCCCGCUUUCCUAGAGAUUAUGUUAGUAAAUCUUAUGUGGAUCGCGUCACUGGGGCCAUACACUUAGUGAAGACGGAGGUCAUGAUGAACUGCGUUACCCCGGUAGUGACGUACCUCACCAGGGGGAACACAGAUACUACGAGUCUGCAGUCAGGGACAUCCAUGAAAGCGGUCGUACUGUAUGUAUCAGACUACAUCACCAAAUGUUCUUUGAAAACUUACCACAUCAUGUCGUGCAUAAAAGCGGUCUUCGAGAGACACGCGGCUGCAUUCCAGGGGGCGCCAAGAGACGCGACGAGCGCUAGAAAGCUCAUGAUGAAGAUGGUGAAUGCGUUGGCACCCCGAAUGGAGAUUGGGAGCCCGAUGGCUGCGUCCUAUCUGCUCGGAUUCCCGGACCACUACAAGAGUCAUGAGCUCGUCAUCUUCUGGUGGAAGAACUACGUCAAUCGGGUACUGGACGACUGGCCAGAGUCUGUGAGGUCGGGCACCUUCGAGGAGCGGCUGAUCUUGAAGAAAGAGGAUGGCCAGGUGAUAGGCACCUCCAUUGUCGAUGAUUAUGUGCAUCGCCCUCGGAAGUACGAGAACUAUUGUCUGUUUGAGUGGAUACAAUGUGCGAAAAAGACGAAGCGCACCGCUAACCAACUCAAAUCGUUCUUAGCUGCUAACGCGGAUGUAGCGCCAGGCGACGCAGACGAAGAUGUUAACGCUGGCGACGAUGCGGUCCCUGUCGAGGCACACACACCUCCAGUCAAUUCCGCUGAUGAUGUUCCCGACGUACUGGAUGACCUUGAUAGGAUACCGAAAGCGGUGGAUCUUAUGGACGGUACGCAAAAGUCACCUAUGGCCGUCAAUCGUCAGCCCCCUUACGCGUCGUUCUUAGACACGCACCCGCAACACGCCUCUCAUCAUGUCUGGUGCGAUCCAUCGAAGAGGCACUACAUAGUCCCUAACUUCGUCGGCGGAAGUAUCCCUAGAAGCGAUCAAGGAGACCGCGAGUAUUAUUGCGCAACUAUGCUUACCUUGUUUUCUCCGUGGCGUCGAGGCCGAGACCUGAAAGUCGAGGGGUACGAUUGGGACCACGCAUUCCGUGCUUACGAGUUCAAGGGUCGCCAUCUGCAGUUGAUGGAGAACUUCAACCUUCGGUACGAAUGCGCUGAUGCCCGCGAUGAUUAUCGGAACGAGUUGAAGAAGAAGAAGCGAGUUGGCGCGGUGAACUUCAGGAUAGAGGAUGCUGAGGACGAUGGCGAUGGCGGUGUCGGAUACCCAGGAAGCUACGGUGAGGACCUAGAUUAUGACGCACCCGACGACGGAGAGACGGGACCAGGUUGGAAUCGCGUGUAUCAAAUAGUUGACUUCGCUCGGACGUACGCGGGUACAUCAGGUUGGACUGAGAUUCGAAAGGACGACAAGCACCCUGCUCCUACAUCGAGCAUUCCAAAAGGGGCGCGGCGUGGGUCGGAGUGGGCGUCGUACAUCAAAAACUUGAAGGACAGCAUCUUUCAUGCGAAGCUCAGGUCAGUGCCGGUAGGUAAUGGGUCGCGCAACGCCGCAGGGACAAGCAGCGGGAUGCAUGAGACAGGCGUUGUCAACCUACCUGCGUCUUACUUCACGAAAGAGUACUCCGCUGACAAACCGGACCUUAGAACUCUGAUAGAGGACAUCGUCAGUGAAUUCUCCCUGAACGCUGAUCAGCAGAGGGCAUUCACCUUGAUCGCCAACCACGCC